AUGGUUGUCGCUGUUCCUACUGCCAGCCUCGAGGGCAAGGUCGCCCUCGUCACCGGUGCCGGUCGUGGCAUUGGCCGCGGCGUCGCUCUCGAGCUCGGCAAGCGCGGUGCCUCUGUCAUUGUCAACUACGUCGCCUCCAAGGGCCCCGCCGAAGAAGUUGUCAAGGAGAUUGAGUCCUACGCCAACGGCGCGAAGGCCACUGCCAUCCAGGCCGACGUCUCCAAGGUCCCCGAGAUCAACCGCUUGUUCGAGGAGUCCAAGAAGGCAUUCGGCAAGCUGGACAUCGUCAUGAGCAACUCUGGCACCGAAAGCUGGGACAAGACACUGGAGAUUACAGAGGAGAAGUACGACCAAGUCUUCAAUCUCAACACUCGCGCACAGUUCUUCGUCGGCCAGGCUGCCUUCCGCCACCUCGAGGACAAUGGUCGCCUCAUCCUCAUGUCCAGCAUUGCUGCCGGCCUGCUCGGCGUCAAGGACCACGUGCUUUAUAACGCCAGCAAGAUGGCGGUGAUUGGCAUGAUCAAAUCCUUCGCCACCGACUUCGGUGUGAGAGGCAUCACUGUCAAUGGUGUUGCUCCUGGCGGCAUCAAGAGCGACAUGUUCACCGAAAACGCAUGGCAUUACAUCCCCGGAGGCACACCUGACUGGUCCGCUGAGAAGAUUGAGGGCCUCAUGGCGAACCACUGCCCGCUUGGUCGAUGUGCGGUGCCCCAGGACGUUGCCAAGGUGGUCGGCUUCCUGGCCAGCGAGGAUGGUGGAUGGGUCAACGGUUAG